AUGCGGUUGGACGUGAAGAGACAGCUCUUUGCUCGCUCUGAGCGGGUUAAGGGCAUUGACUUCCACCCGACUGAACCAUGGAUCCUGACAACUUUGUAUAGUGGUCACGUAUAUAUUUGGUCUUACGAGUCCCAGUCUAUCAUCAAAACUUUCGAGCUCACCGAUGUCCCCGUCCGAGCCGGUCGCUUCAUUGCGAGGAAGAACUGGAUUGUCUGCGGUUCGGAUGACUUCCAGCUCCGUGUCUACAAUUACAAUACCUCCGAGAAGAUCACCUCGUUUGAAGCUCACCCUGACUACAUUCGGUCGAUCGCGGUUCACCCCACCCAGCCAUUCGUCCUCACGGCUUCCGAUGACAUGACAAUUAAGCUCUGGGAUUGGGAGAAGGGCUGGAAGUGCGUCCAGGUGUUUGAAGGUCAUAGCCAUUAUGUGAUGGGUCUGGCAAUCAACCCGAAGGACACCAACACUUUCGCUUCGGCUUGUUUAGACCGGACCGUGAAGAUCUGGAGUCUUGGUUCACCUCACGCCAACUUCACCCUGGAGGCUCACGAGACCAAGGGCGUGAACCACGUCGAUUAUUACCCUCAGUCCGACAAGCCGUAUUUACUUACUACUUCGGACGACAAGACGGUCAAGGUGUGGGAUUACACAACCAAGGCUCUCAUUGCCACCCUGGAAGGACACACUAGCAACGUCUCGUUCGCUUGCUACCAUCCCGAGCUACCAGUGAUUAUCUCCGGAUCUGAGGAUGGAACGAUCAAGAUCUGGCACGCGAACACUUACAGACUGGAGCAGUCGUUAAGCUAUGGCCUUGAGCGAGCUUGGUGUAUCGCCUACCAGCGCGGUAAACAAGGUAUAGCCAUGGGUUUCGAUGAUGGUGCGGUGGUGGUUAAGAUGGGCCGGGAAGAACCCGCAGUUUCGAUGGAUAACUCGGGAAAGAUAAUUUGGGCAAGGCAUAACGAGGUAGUGUCGACGGUCAUCAAAGGUGGCGAUGAAAGCGUGAAGGACGGUACGCCUAUUUCUUUGCCCACUAAGGAAUUAGGAUCUUGUGAAAUUUAUCCUCAGACGCUGUCGCAUUCGCCAAACGGUCGGUUCGUCUCUGUUUGCGGCGAUGGAGAAUAUAUCAUCUAUACCGCUCUCGCCUGGAGAAACAAGGCCUUUGGGCAGGCUCUGGAUUUUGCCUGGGGAUCGAAGGACAACAGCAAUGAUUAUGCUAUCCGAGAAUCCACCACGAGUGUCAAGAUCUUCAAGAACUUCAAGGAGAAGAGUGGCGGUCUCGACGUUGGCUUCCAGGCUGAGGGUCUCGCCGGUGGUGUCCUGUUGGGUGUUAGAGGUCAGGGAGGCAUUGGCAUGUUUGACUGGGAAACCGGGAGCCUGGUUCGCCGCAUUGAGGUUGACCCUAAGGCAGUUUAUUGGUCUGAGUCAGGAGAGCUGGUUACUCUUGCCUGCGAAGAUACUUUCUAUGUCCUCCGGUUCUCUAGAGAAAACUACAUCAACGGUUUGAAUGCCGGCGAGGCGGAUGAAGAUGGCGUCGAAUCUGCUUUUGAAGUCGUCACCGAUAUCAACGAGACUGUGCGGACGGGCCAAUGGGUUGGAGAUUGCUUCAUCUACACAAACUCGACCAACCGGCUGAACUACCUGGUCGGCGACCAGACCUACACCAUCUCACACUUCGACCAGGGCAUGUACGUGCUAGGAUAUCUGCCCCGCGAUGGGCGGAUUUACUUGGCCAACAAGGAUGUCGAGGUGAUCUCUUUCGGUCUCUCUCUCCGGAUGGUUGAGUAUCAGACCUUGGUGCUGCGCGGCGACAUGGAUAUGGCUGCCGAGCUGCUGAGCGAUGUACCCCAGGACCAAAUGAACAAGAUCGCACGGUUCCUUGAAGGGCAAGGCUACAAGGAGAUGGCGCUAGAGGUUGCGACAGACACGGAGCACCGGUUCGAGCUUGCCCUCUCACUGAACAACCUGGAGAUCGCCCUUGAACUUGCCCGCGAAGCCAAUGUAGAGCAUAAAUGGAAGACUGUCGGAGAUGCGGCCCUGGCCGGCUGGAACCUGAACCUGGCCCAGGAAUGCUUCACCAACGCCAAGGACCUGGGAUCUCUUCUCCUGCUGCACACCGCUAGCGGCAACAAGGCCGGUCUCCAGUCAUUGGCCGAGCAGGCCUCCGCCGCCGGCCUGCACAACGUCGCUUUCUCCACUCUCUGGUCUCUCGGUGACGUGGACGGCUGCAUCGACCUGUUGGUGCGGACCGACCGUCUCGCCGAAGCAGUCCUCUUCGCGCAGACCUACAAGCCCUCGCGCGCCGCAGCCCUUGUCCUGCAGUGGAAGGCCUCCCUCGAGACGGCUGGCAAGACCAAGGUCGCCCGUCUGAUCGGCGUGCCUCCCGGCGCUCCCGACCAGGCGUCCACAGAUGACGACCUCUUCCCGGAGUGGGAUGAAUAUCUCCGUUUAGAAAAGGAAGGCUCUGUCCCCGAACCGCCGUCUUCGGAAUCCCUUAUUGACCUCAACGCGGACGAAGCUGCAGAAGCGAACGCUGCCGCUAACGGAGCUGCCGCUGACGGGGACGUAGAGGCAGAGGUUGAAGAAGACGUUGAGGAAGAAUCCGAGGAAGAAUCCGAGGAAGAAUCCGAGGAAGAAUCCGAGGAUGAGACAGAGGCGUAG